AUGCAUAUGUGCUAUGAGAGACCGCCCGCUGUGGUGACCGCUCUGAACGGGGGCAUUGGGUACGACAAGUGGGACCGUGGCGGGGGCGACGGUCGCGCGUCGUGGGCGGGUCGCGACGCUCGCGACACACGCGACACCCGUGACACUCGCGACACCCGCGACAGAGAGCGCGACAGGGAGCGCGAGCGACAGGCGCGCGCGCACCAAAUGUCACAGUCGCACGCGCCAGAACCUGAUGCCUCGUCACUGUUCCCCGCACCAUUCAGGGUGACCAACAAGGACCGCGUCAGUCAGCAGAUUCAGAUCAAGCUUGGUGACUACCGGCUCGCCCAGACCCUCAUCGACGACCCCAGCAAAUCCAUCGGAAUAUGCGCCGAGCCAGCCAGCCCAGCGCCCUGUCACCCGUCCCGACGCGAGAAUGAAUUUAAGAAACCCGCCCACGCACCACAAAAUGGCCGGGUUUACCACCGACCUAACAUCUACAAUAAGAACGAGGGUCUGAAUAGUUCCGGUGUCCCUGUUCAUCGUCCACCUCCCUUACGGAUACCAAACGGUAUUCAGUCACAGGAGAUGAAAUCACUGCCGACACCACUGUCAGUGAUAGCAGCGACGCCGAGGAAAGAGCAAGAAAACAAAUUCAUAUUCAAUCCUUACACAAAUAAGGUGCAAGAGAAUCCUCAGCUAACAAACAACGGUCUCAAAACACCUAUCACUAAACCCUCGGUGAAUGUCAGUAAUGUCGGUAUCAAAAGGCAUUGGGUGCAAGAAGUUGGACGGUUGUUCCAUCCUAACAAAUUGACUCCGCCUAUGGACGGAUUGUGA